UAGGAUAGAGUGAGGACUUUCGUUAGAGAAUCGCUGGUUUUGCAACAGGAUUUGCAUUCAACUUACGUAUUUGAACAUGUUGAGGAUUUGUGGGUAGUUCUGCUUGUAAGCUGGAGACUGUUUGAUGUCCAACUGCAGUUGGCGUUGACUAUUUAUACCCUAAGAUAGUCUUCAACCUACCACAAUAGUGACUCAGCUGUGAGUUGGUCCUCAUUGAAAUGCACCAGAUACAACCGUUAACUGUUUGCAUUUAGCAUUUUGUAUCUUUUAUCGCUCUGCAUUUGGCUAUUUAUGUUGUUUCCCACUGUUUAAUGUAAAACACGUCGCAGAGCCCGCAAAUAACUGAAGUUGCCUUAAGGUCAAAUUGGGCUUGGAGUUGGGCUGGGGUAUAAAUAGUGGGCAGAAAAUCGUUAAGCGGCAUCAGACAAGUUCAAGAGUUCUCGAACACAACAAUUAACAAAAUGUUCAAAUUCACUAUUGCCAUCAUCUUCGCUUUCAUGGCCUGCGCUGCUGCCAAGCCAGGUCUGCUGCUGGGUCAAUCUGUAGCUUACUCCGCUCCGCUUGUGGCCGCUGCUCCUGCUCCCUAUGUGACUGCCACCAGUAGCCAGGUGUUUGCCCGGAACUAUAAUGGCAUUGCCGCUGCUCCAGUGAUCGCUCCUGUGGCCGCUCCAGUUCUUGCGAGAUACGCCGCUGCUCCCUUGGCGGCUCCUCUGGCUUAUCACGCGGCGCCUUUGGCCUAUUCUCAUCCAGUGGCUGCUCCAGUUCUGUUUUGGCUUCCGCUAAUUGGAUUUACCCUCAACGCCCUCAAGCAACUACAACUCAAAUCAAAUCUAAUCAACAUGUUCAAAUACGCCGUUGUCAUCUGCGCACUGAUUGCCUGCGUCGCCGCCAAGCCUGGUUUGUUCCACGCUCCUCUGGCAGCGCCCGCCGCUGUUUUUGCUGCACCUGCUCCGGUGGUGACCGCCACCAGCAGCCAAGUGGUGGCCAGGACCUUCAAUGGCAUCGCUCAUGCGCCCGUGAUUGCUCCAGUGCCAGUCCCAGUUGCUGCUCCACUUGUGCGUGCCGUCGCUCCAGUUGCUGCUCCAGUUUCCUUUGCUGCUCCUGCGCCCAUUGUGCAACAUGUUGCUGCCCCAUUGGCUGCACACUACGCUCACCACUACGCCGCCGCACCCGUCGUGGCCAGAUACAGCGCUCCCUUGGCUUAUGCUCCCGCUCCGCUGAACUAUGCCGCCGCGCCCGGCUUGUGGUAAGCGCAGCUGGCGGAUUAAGCGUUUUUGUGUUCAAUGACUGAUAGCCUUUAAUAAAAA